AUGGCGGCGGACCGUGACAUUAUCAUCAUUGAUGAUGAUGAGGAGGAACUCAACCCUCAGCAACCACGACCGCGGAAUGAAAGCGCCCAUCUGACUAUGGAUGGUAUUCAAGGUACAUUUGACUCUGUUCGUGGUCGUUCUUCCGGGGCCAUCAUCAACAAUGAAAAUGACCUUACCCUCCGAGAGCUACAAGCUUUAUCAACAUUUCUCCAGUCACUCUCAGAGACUAUGAACGCCCCAGCAACCAUCGCAGAUUUUCGACGAUUCUUACUCAAGAUUUUCGAUGGCUGGAACUCUGUCUCCCAAGUCCCCCCACAUCCCCUUGUCCCAAAACGCAAGUUCAUGGAUACUCAUAUCAAAGUUGGUUUCCUCAGGGAGGACCACCCCCUCAGCAGGAACCGGCUCAGUGGAGGGGGCCAACAGCUACGACAACGCCGGGCAGGUCAGCCAGUGUAUUUUGGCUUGAGUCUUAAUUAUGAGACAAAUGUCGUCGAUUGGGCUUGGAGAGAUUCCAAGAAUGCAGGAAUCAGUCCUGAUUACGUUAUUCUCGAUCCCGAGUAUAACAGCGUUUCCAUCCGCACACAGGCCAUGCUCCGAUACGACAGUGCCGAAAGAAUUCGAAUUCGCACCUAUAACUGCUCUGUAUUGACCAUCUGCGCUCAGAAAACCAUCAUCAAGUGGGCGCGAGCCGGCACCGCCCAAGACCCCGUCAUCUCAGAUGUUGACCGACCCCUUGGUCUUUUGGAUUUGCGCCUGGCCGGGCCUAUCGCCAAGGCUGAAGCCCGUUGUAUGCUCCUAGCCACCGAGCAAUACCGAUUGCAGACCUAA